UCAUCUCUCUCUCUCUCUCUCUCUCUCUUACUGACUCAAAGUAAAUAAAAAUGAUAUCCAAUAAACCCUAAAUCAGGUAAGCAAAGAAACAAUUAAAGUAAGCAAAUCAUUCCUUAACUUAGUAAUAGCAAUAAUUAUCAAUUUACUCUCUCUCCAUCUCUAUUUCUAUCUCUGUAUGUCUCUCUUAUUGCAUUAUUGAUGCAGCAGCCACACUUGUUGUCUCCACUUUCUCUUGCUACUUACUACAAACCCUCCAUCUUCUCUUUCUUUUUCUUUUAUUUCACUCUUUGUUCCAAUUUUUUAAAACAUAUUUUUCUCUAUUGGAGAGUUUCUUCUACUGACUGACUCUACUGGUAGGUGUAUGGAUUUGUGAGUUAAGAACCAAGAAAGAAAAAAAAGACAAUCUUUAAAAUGGAUUGGAACUUCAAACUCAGCUCUGGGUAUUUAUCUGGGUUUGAUCAAGAAUCUGUACCGGAUUUAUCACCAAUGGAUGGUUCGAUCUCGUUUGGUGGGUCAUCAUCAUCAUCAACACAGCCAAAAGGGGAUUUUUCAUUUGAUCUGAAACUUGGAAGAAACAUUGGCAACUCUUCCUCUGUUUUUGGUGAUACAACAGAGCAAGUGAUGAGUCUAAGUAAGUGGAAAGAGAGCGUUGUAGCAAAACCAGAUAGUUCAAGAAGCUUGAGUUCGAAGAGGACAAGAGGGAAUGGUCUUGGAACCAACCAGAUGCCGAUUUGUCUUGUGGAUGGUUGUGAUUCUGAUUUUAGUAACUGUAGAGAGUAUCAUAAGAGACAUAAGGUUUGUGAGGUUCAUUCUAAGACUCCUGUGGUUACAAUCAAUGGCCAUAAGCAGAGGUUUUGUCAACAAUGCAGCAGGUUUCAUUCUUUGGAAGAGUUUGAUGAAGGGAAGAGAAGUUGUAGGAAACGUCUUGAUGGACAUAACCGAAGAAGACGGAAGCCUCAGCCUGACCAUAUGACUCGUCCUGCGAACUUUUUUACCGGCUUUCAAGGUAGCAAAUUGUUUGAGUUUUCGGGUGGUUCACAUGUGUUUCCAACUACAUCUAUGGUGAAUCCGAGUUGGGAAAAUAAUCUUGUAAGCGUUGCUGUGGCCGCCAAUGGUUCGAGUUACGGGCAGAACCAGAGCUAUGUUGGUUCUUCUCCCGCAAAGACAGGGAUAAUGUUCCCAAUCUCUUCGUCUCUGAACAGCAAUAGAAGCACAGGGAAACAGUUCCCUUUCUUGCAAGAAGAAGAAGAAAGCUCUAGAACAGCAUCGUUGUGUGAGAGAAUGACGAGUUGCAUCCAUGACUCUGAUUGUGCUCUCUCUCUUCUGUCAUCCUCCUCGUCGUCAGUCCCUCAUUUGCUUCAGCCACCACUCUCUUUGUCCCAAGAAGCAGUAGAAACAGUUUUCUACGGGUCGGGGUUGUUUGAGAAUGUGAGUGCAGUCUCUGAUGGAUCGGUUAUAUCAGGUAACGAGGCUGUCACUCUUCCUCAGACGUUCCCGUUUCACUGGGAGUAGUAGGUAGGUAGAAUCACAAAGAUCUCUAUGUGUCUCUCUCCUCUUCUCCUUCAAUUUUCGAUGUUUUAUGUCAUCAUUGUUUAUGUUAAAUGCUGAACUGUGGGUGUUUAAUGACAUUUUGUUAGUUGAUCUGUAGUUUGUAUUGGUCGUGUAGCCUCCACUUAGCUGCAAGGUAACAGUUGAGAGUAGAUAACUCUUUAUGUACACAUCUUAUUUCAAGUAUAGAAUUUUAGAGCCAGACUUAUCCUUUUGGCCUUUUGGGUUAUAUGCAUUUUAAAAACA